CAUUCCUACAGGCGUGUGUUUUCCUCUCCCACUUACAUUACCACUGACAGAGCCUCAGCAGCCGCUGCUACUGCGACGAGAGUCAGAUUUUCUGCUCUAAUACUCCCUAGAUAUAUCCAGCCAUGGAUAUAGACGGUGCCAGUUCCGUGGUGCUGCAGGCGUUAACCCAAGCCACCAGUCAGGAAACAGCUGUGCUGAAGCCUGCCGAGGAGCAGCUCCGACAGUGGGAGACCCAGCCAGGCUUCUACUCUGUCCUUCUGAAUAUCUUCAAUAACCACAUGCUGGAUGUGAACGUCAGGUGGCUGGCUGUGCUCUACUUCAAAAACGGCAUUGACAGAUACUGGAGGAGAGUAGCGCCUCAUGCUUUAUCAGAAGAGGAGAAGACAUCACUGCGUGCUGGACUUAUCACAAACUUCAACGAGCCUGUGAAUCAGAUAGCGACCCAGAUUGCAGUACUGAUAGCCAAGGUGGCCCGUCUGGACUGCCCCAGGCAAUGGCCGGAGCUCAUUCCUAUUCUGCUCGAGUCCGUGAAGGGUCAGGAUGGCCUGCAGCAGCACCGAGCGCUGCUAACCUUCUAUCAUGUCACCAAAACCCUGGCGUCCAAACGUCUGGCUCAGGACAGGAGGCUUUUCCAGGAUCUGGCGUCGGGCAUCUACAGCUUUGCAUGUUCCCUGUGGAGCCAUCACACGGACUGCUUCCUGCAGCAGAUCUAUGCCAGAGAUGAGGCUGCAGCGCUCAGCUCACUGGAGAGGACUCUGCUCUCUCUGAAAGUGCUUCGCAAGUUGACAGUCCAUGGAUUUCAAGAGCCCCAACAGAAUAUGGAAGUGAUGGGUUUCCUGAAUGCGGUGUUUGAAAGGCUAAAACAGUUCUUGGAAUGCUGUCGACAGAUUGGCCCAGAUAGCACAUGUAGAGAAAAGCUGGAGAAGAUGAUCAUACUGUACACCAAAGUUCUGUUAGAUUUCCUGGAGUGCCAUCCCUGUGCGUUUAUACCGCUGAUCCAGCGUUCCCUCGAAUUUGCCGUCAGCUAUGUAUUCACACCUGCAGGCGAGGGAGUCACCUUCGAACGCUUCAUCGUUCAAUGCAUGAACCUGAUCAAGAUGAUUGUAAAAAACGAUGCCUACAAACCUGCCAAGAACAUCGAGGACAGUAAACCAGAGAGUUUGGAGGCUCACAAGAUCAAGACGGCAUUCUUCACACACCCCACACUGACAGAGAUCGGGCGCCGGCUCGUUUCACACUACUUCCUGCUCACAGAGGAAGAGCUGGCAAUGUGGGAGGAGGACCCUGAGAGCUUUGCUGUUGAAGAAUCAGGAGGUGACUCUUGGAAAUACAGUCUACGGCCUUGCACAGAAGUACUGUUCCUGGAUAUCUUCCACAACUACAGCCAGACACUGACACCAGUCCUGCUGGAUAUGGUUCAGAAUCUCCAGGGGCCAACCAACGUGGAAGAGCCUGUUCAGCUGCUGAUGAAGGAUGCAGUAUACAAUGCCGUGGGACUGGCUGCCUAUGAGCUGUUCGACAACGUGGACUUUGACCAGUGGUUCAAGAAUCAGCUUCUUGGAGAGCUUCAAGUCAGCCAUAACAGGUACAAGUUGAUCCGCAGACGAGUCAUCUGGCUAAUAGGACAGUGGAUCUCUGUGAAGUUCAAAUCGGACCUUCGUCCUUUACUCUACGAGGUCAUCCUCAGCCUCAUGCAGGACCCUGACUUGGUGGUGCGGAUUGAGACAGCUACGACCCUGAAGCUCACUGUUGAUGACUUUGAGUUCAGGACAGAGCAGUUUCUCCCAUAUCUGGAGUCCAUCUUCGGGCUGCUCUUCCAGUUGUUGCAGCAGGUGACGCAGUGCGACACUAAAAUGCAGGUGCUCCAUGUCAUCUCCUGUGUCAUCGAGAGAGUAAACAUCCAGAUCCGUCCGUAUGUCGGCUGUCUGGUUCAGUACCUGCCGCUGCUCUGGAAGCAGUCUGAAGAACACAACAUGCUUCGCUGUGCCAUACUCACUACACUCAUCCACCUGGUACAGGGCCUGGGGGCAGAGAGUAAGAACCUGUACCCUUUCCUUCUUCCUGUCAUCCAGCUGAGUACUGAUGUAUCCCAGCCGCCGCACGUGUAUUUGCUGGAGGAUGGAUUGGAGCUUUGGUUGGUGACUUUAGAGAACAGCCCAGCCAUCACCCCGGAGCUGCUUAGAAUUUUCCAGAACAUGUCAGCUUUGUUAGAGAUGAGCUCGGAGAACCUACGCACCUGCUUUCAGAUCAUGAACGCCUAUCUAUACCUGUCUGCUACCGAGUUCCUGCAGAACUAUGCAGAAUCAUUGUGUCGAUCUUUCUGUGAUCUACUGAAAGACAUCACCAAUGAAGGACAGGUCCAAGUGCUCAAGGUGGUGGAGAUAGCUUUAAAGGUUAGCCCCAUACUGGGAGCCCACAUGUUCCAGCCCCUGCUGCCAGCUGUCUUCAGAGGAAUCGUGGACGGUGAGAGAUAUCCCGUGGUGAUGUCCACCUACCUAGGAAUCAUGGGCCGCGUCCUGCUGCAGAACUCCAGUUUCUUCUCCUCUCUGCUCACUCAAAUGGCCUCUGAGUGCAGCCAGAAGAUGGACCAGUUGUUAGGCAGUGUGAUAGAGAUGUGGGUGGACCGCAUGGACAACAUCACUCAGCCUGAAAGGAGAAAGCUGUCAUCGCUCGCUCUGCUUUCCCUCCUACCAUCUGACAACAGUGUGAUCCAGGACAAAUUCUGUGGCAUCAUCAACAUCUGUGUGGAGGCGCUGCACGAUGUGAUGACAGAAGAUUCCGAAACAGGAACCUUCAAAGACUGCAUGCUGAUGAGCCAUUUUGAGGAGCCCAAGCUGAGUGAUGAUGAGGAGCCACCAACUGAGCAGGACAAGAGGAAGAAACUGUUGGCCCUGGAGGACCCGGUGCACAGCGUUUCUCUGCAGCAGUACGUCUAUGAGAAGCUGAAGGCGCAGCAGGCCCUGAUGGGGGACCAGGGCUUCGGGGCCCUGAUGGAGACGGUGGACACAGAGAUCGUCAGGCAGCUCCAAGAGUUCCUACAAGGCCUCUGAAUCACGUCGAAAAAAAAAUCCUUCACUACCGUUUACGAACGUCAGAUCACAUGCGCUACCCCACAUCUUUCAAACUGUACCGGAGAGGCGUACAACCUGCCUGAUGUGCGGACCCCAUAUCCAAACCCUUCCAACCUCCUCCCAUGCUAUGCCUUAUCUAUACUCUAGCCUUGUUGACUGUCCCUAGCUAACUCCACUCGCCCAUUUCUCUAUUAUCCUCUAUUUUUUUAAUCUACAUGUGGUCAAUGUGGGUAUUUAAAAAUGUCUUAACACCCACAUCAAAACAUCACCACACCAGAGCUUCCACUUAAUUCCUCUAGUUUCUUCUCUUUCUGUGGUUUGAAGGUAGAAUGGGACGGAUGGCGUAAAGGUAAAGACGGGCUGAGGAGUGCAACGGAGAAUUCACCUGCUGGAGCCUCGGACUAUUUUCUACAGAAAAACGAACAGAUUGUAGCAGAAAUGUGGGCAAAGCGUACCUAAAGGACCUAAAGCAGUGUUUACAGAAUCUAUUCUUAAAAGAGGAAGAAAAAGAAAUUAAUUUUGUACGUAUGUAAAGUAUGGAUGAUGUUCUGCAUGACUAUGUUUGACUUUUUAGUUACUUUUUACUUUGUGUUCUUUUCUCUUCCAUUAAAACAAAAUUUUAAUUUUGCUAGAGGUCAAGUUGAAGAAACUACUGAGAAGACUAGAAAGUGUUUUUUUUCUCUUCAUAAUUUUGAUUUCAUGGGAAUUUUGUCUUGACUUUGAAAUGGUUGAUUUUUAUUGUGAGAGUGCUGAACCACAUUUCUAUGUAAAUACAUACUGCUGCUAAUUGAUGGUGUGUGAGCGCACUUAAUAACCAAAAACUGUUUCACAUUUGUUCUCAAUGGUACAUUUUCUCACGUCUUUAAACUUUAACACAGAGGGCCUUUGGGGCAGUGCUGUAGGAUGACAGGCCUGUGUCCAUUGACGGGACUCUUCACACUGGCAGCGCCAGUGAAAACAUGCAACAAUGUAAAUGAAUUGUGUACUGGCAUUAGCAGCAGCUCUAGACUUUGAAAUUGUAACCCUGAAAAAAGACGAGUCAAAUUGAUUUCUUCUCCACCAUUGUUGUUAAAAGAAAACUGAUAUCAGAAGUCCCGCCCCUUCUUGAUUUUGAAUGGCCGGUGAGGGAGAAGUGACAAGCGCAGUGCUGUUCCAAAAGUUUAACUGUUUUCAACUGAGAGCGCAGCGACAGGAAACAGCUGAAAACCCUGAACUGCAUUGGUUUUGUAUUGACAAUGGGCACUGCCAACAAUAGAUAGAUAGAUGGAUAGAUAAACUUGAUUGUCUUUCCCAACAGUGACAGAAAUUCUCAUUUGAUGACAAUGUUGGUGGACACAGGCCCUAAAGCAUCAAGGCCCUCUUAUUGAAUUGUUACUGUAUUUUAUUUCUUAAUCUGAAUUAUACGACAAACACGUGACUGUAAAUGUAACACACUGUUAAGGUUGUCUUUACAAUUACUUUUAUUUGAAACAAUUGGAGGAUUUCUAACCUAACUGAAUGGUUUAAAGGUUACAUUGUCAGCCAGUGUGACCCUAAUGAGUUACAGUAUGUAGUCAUUUGUGAAGCUGUCCUGAUAGUUUUUUAUUUUAGUCAUCAAGUUUAAUUCAUUUGAUUUAAAAAGUAACCUGUAAGUUUUCUGAUAUGAAUUGAUUAUUUAGACAUUUGGCAAAUCCAAAAAGUGAAGAAAAGUCAUUUUAUAAAAUAGAUAUGUGGACAUGUUUUACAUAGAAGCAAACUGAAACUAUCCAUUGUUUGACUAUCAUGACUCAAAUAGUGAAAAACCUGAUUAACCCUGGCUCCGCCAGGCCUUUUAAAUCAUUUCUUCUGGAACUUCCUGGAUUACUGUGUUUUUAUUUUCUCUCAUUCGGUUGGUCACCCUCCCUGUGAGGAGAUAAUCCUGACACUCGCUCCUUUGACACUGUGAUAGAGUUAAGUAGCAGUCAGAAUUACAGCCUUAUGCUUUCAGCCUUACCUUUCUGACUCUGAUUUCCAUUUCUUUAGCAGUUACACAGUAGAGGAUUUCCAUACCUAUAUUCUGUUUAUGAUGGUAAAUAUGAAGUUAAGAACACAUAGUAGAGAGGUGUUUUUGAGUCAUGUGUUUUGGUUUUGUUUUAAUGGGAAAUAAUCUUGAUUGCUUUUUCCAAAGCCUUCAAUAAAAUGCAGUAAUCAGCCAAAAUAA